UGUGCGAUGCAGCCAUCGUCAUCAUCGCCCCCAUAAUCGUAACUGCAAUAUGAUCGCGACCGAAACUCCAAAUGCGUGCGUGUGCUGCGGCAGUGGUGGUAGUGGUCGAGUCGCGAGUCGCUUCUGUCGAAAUGGUGAAUGGUUGGUUCCACAUGCGUUGUGCACACAGCUGUCGUUGUAUGGGUGAAGCAUGUAGCGGCGGACUUACUGCAGACUGCCAAACGAGCAAGAGGAAGCCGAAAAAAACCAGUCCCAGUCAGUCACUCCACUUCCAGCAGCAGGCAGCAGUUCUAUGGUUUAAGGCCUCGCAAGCGUUCACGUCUUCGGCUCGUCGGUGGUGCGUUUUCUCAGGUGUUUUUGUGUGCAGGAUUACGGGUCGAGAUUGACUUCUUGAAGAUUCUUUAGUGACCUCGCAUUUCUGUUGGAAAGCGCAUUCUCUGUGAUUUGGCGAAGAAGUGAUCUUUGUAAUGGAAUUCCCGCCCCGCAUAGUGUCAUCGUGGAGAAGUAAAAAUCGUGUUCUUUUGUGCUAAGAUAGUCGAAGAGUGCAGCACCUAUACAUACACACACAGUGAACUGUAGCGAAGUGUUGCUAAAAAUGAAACGUGAUAUUAAGUAAUAACAGCAGCAGCAACAACAACAAGAUACCUAAGCCCCAGACUAGAAGAUCGAUCUUGUCAGCGCGAGUAAGCGCAGCAAGCAAGCAACUGAAUAUCAACGACCUUUCCGUUCGCAUACAACAACAACAGCAUCGCCAGUAGCUCAGUACUAAGCUGAUGGAUUAAUCCAAAGCGAUCGAUGCUGCUUAAGCACAGUGAUUUGAUUCACCUGAAAGCAGGUUUUCUCUGCUUCGGUUUUACCUCUUGCAUCCAGGAGUUCGUAAGAACCAAAAUUCAUUCAUUUUGGAUAAACCGAAUCAAAUGAUCACCUUCGGUUGAUUUGUGAAAAAGUGUUAAGAAAAUUUGCAUCAAAAAGAGUGAUGAAAGAGUGUUCAGUGUAGAUAUAAGUGUUCUAGAGCCUUUUCUGAAAAUAGAAGAUCCCAGUAUUUUCAUCAAUACAUUUGAAAUUGAUGUUCGGUGCUCCCACUACUCGUGAGGUCUGCUUCCACUGCCGCAUUUGAAGGAGAGCACGGGUUUGCUUUUAUUGAGAUUAUAGGUCAACAUCCCGCCUUGUCGACUCGUUAAAGCGCUGCAAUGCAAUGAUACGUCGUGAGCCGCACAAUUGAACUGCAGCUGAGUUGGAAUCAGAUAUUACACUGCCCGGACCAAAAUGCAACCCGCCACGGCGAUAGCGGAUUUGCUGUUAUUACUCCCGAGGCGUCAAACUUAGCACCUUGGCAAAAAACACACGAGAUACUGCCAGCCCCACCUGCCUUUAGAACCUUCCCCCUGAAACACACACGGGAAGAGUGAAAUCUCAAUCCUCAAUCGACCAUGGCUUCUGCUUCCGUUGACGGGGGACAGGAGCACUUCGUCGUCGGUGGCGACAGCUCGAGUGCCGCGCGUCAUUUUUGCACCUUGAAAAAUAACAACUCGAACGAAGCCACUAAUGGGGAACCCAGCGUCAACAACAGGGUCAACGAUGCCACGGCCACUUCAGGGCCAGAUACGCUCGGGGCCAGUCAAUUUUGUACGCUGCGAGUGCCAAAAACGACACAGGGAACAGGUGUUUCAGCAAUGGGGAACGCAAUUGGGCCGGAUGUGCGUUACUUCCGGAACAGUGAAGAGGACGACCACAGCGAGGCGAACCGGAAUUUGUUGUACGAGGAGAAUAUGUGCACAUUUGAGAAUCUGUGUGAAAGAAGCUCGGAUCGGCGGGGAUCUGAAGGGGAUCGGGAAAAUGGUGACGAGGGCAAUGAGAGUGUGGGUAAUUUUUGUACGCUUCGCAAAAAGCGCGUCCCGAAGCUGAUGGAGCAACCACAUGGGGCCACCGGUGACAGGGUGCAGGAAACGACAAUGGAGGACAAUAACCAUCGGAUGAGGAACCCGAUUGGGAGCUACUGCACACUGAAGAAGAAAAAGUUGAAGUUGAAUCAAAAGUUUGUGGAGAAUUUUCUCGAAGAUCCGAAUGCCAAGUUGCAUGAUUAUCUGUCCGAGCUUGAUGCCUAUCUGGAUGAGAUGGACGGGCUCGAUGAAUGUGAUGAUGAAUCGGAGGGAGAUUCAAUUGAAGAAAUUGUGCAAGUGGAACAGCCCGAAGAGAAGAAGCAUGAUGAAGAAAAUGAUAGUGCCGCGUCCGUUUCGAUAGGUUACAUCGAUAUUAAGAAUUUCUGCACCCUGCCGAAGCAACAAAGGGUGCAGUUUCUCAACGCAUUUAAUAGGGCUGGUCCCUUGAGAAGGACCUUUGUCGCUCCCAGUAGCAGCCGCGGUUCUACUGAGCGGGAAGUGAUCUCCGAAGCGGAUGAAUCAUCGAAGGCCGAUCGUGACUCAGUCGGCGCCGCCGCUUGUGGAAAUGACAAAGCAUCAGUAUUUCUACGGCAUGCUGCAGAUCAAACAGAUCCAAUCUCGACGGCCACCCUGAACCGACGGCCAGCCUCUGGACGCGCUUCAUCCUGGUUGCGCAACUCGAUGCGCAAAACGCGACCAAUCACUCUGCCCGAUCAAGCACCCACGAAACAAAUGGCUGUCCCCCGCGAAAUCAACAGUAUUAAUUCCGAGCCAAACCAAGGCGAACCAGAGUUCCUCUCGACUGAUUCGCUCCCCAGUGGAAGUUCGGUCUGCGAUCAAUUCACCUACGACGACCACAAUGAACUCAGCUCGAUUGCGACACUUCCCGUGGCCGAGUUGGAGGAAAUCACAGCCGAGUCUAGCUUCAACAGUCAUCAUACAUCACCAACCGAGAACGAAUCUCACCAGACUGAAGCGGCGCCGACCCGUGUACCCAGCGGCGUUCCCAUCACAGAGGAAGACAUCAUUCCGAACUUGAUGCUGGCGUCGAUCUGUGAGCGCGAUUCGCCUUUGGUAACGAAUCUCGACAGCAGUCGACCACGACAAACGGGACGCCGUUCGGAGUCACGACCCCGUGUUGUGUCCAUCACGGCCGAGCGGGACGCUACCACCAACCAGCUGAUCAUUCGACCAACCAAUAGCGUUCACCGCGCUGGGAGCAGCAAUUCCCAUCACAGAAACGAUGCCUCGCCAUCUAGGAGCCAGCCAGAGGAUCAUCGUCAUCCACAGCAGCAGCAACAGAUCGAGCAUCACCGAUACCGAGGCAUGGGUUCCGAAACCAGUUCGAUUGGCUCGUCCAGAAAUCCUAGUCCAAUGUCGCUGCUAUCGACGACCACGUUCAGUUCCAUCGCCUCCGGGGCGGACAUGGAAAGGUCACGUUCGGGGCCCGAGGACGAUGUUCGUGGCACCACCAGUUCCACCGCAGCACUGGAAUUGUCGUCCGCCCUAGCGGCCGCCACUCACAACGGGUCUCUCCAUUCCACAACCAUACUGGGAAGCCAUGGAGGAGACGACGAAUCCGAGUCAUCUUCCGAUGACGAUUCAGAGCCGGAGCUGGAUCAAAACGGUCGACCUAAACCGAAAUGGCCCCACGUAGUAUCCCGCUCGAUGGCGACCAGUUUUUGUGCGCUGGGACUCUGCAACAUCUCCCGAUUCGCCAUGUUUAGCAUACACUUCGGGGCGAAUUUCAUCGUCCAAUUCCUGAUUUUUUCGUUCCUGUUCGGAAUUCCGAUGCUGUGGCUGCAGAUGGUGCUCGGUGCUCGCAUCAAAGGUGGACCGGUGACCAUGUGGCGCAUCAGUCCGAUUUGCAAGGGAAUUGGAAUCGCUCUCAUCCUAGCUCAAGGUCUCAUCUCACUCUAUUCGGCCAUCUCGUUGAGCUGGGUGCUGGUGUACUUCCGGGAUUCAUUUGUUUCACGCAGCGACAAGUACCGCUGGCAGGAUAUUUUUGAAAUGUACCGUGGUCCCGGAAAUCAAUCCUUCCGUCUGUCGGAUACUGUAGCGGAUUACUUCAACGGAGUGGUUCUCCAGCGUCAUCAACUGAGCCCUGGUGUGCGAGGAUCCGGCGGAAUCGGCGCCGUCCGUUUUCAGCUGGCCUUCAAUCUCGCCAUUCUGUGGACGUUUGUGUUCGUGGUGCUUUGCAAAGGAAUCCGUUCCUUCGGAAAGAUUGUAAUCGGACUGUUCAGCUUCGCCAUGGUCGGGAUGAUCGCCAUCUGUUCCAAGUUCCUGUCGAUGGUCAGCUUUGACAGCGUGCAGAGCGUGUUUCCCGCAACCGAAUGGCAGGACUUCUUCCUCAACUCGAGAAGCUGGAUGAGUGCGGCACAGGAAACCUUUCUCACCUGGGGACUGCUCGGGGUGUCUGUUUAUUCGAUCAACUGUCGGACGAAUCGUAAGGGGAGCUCUAGCAGGAUUAAGCGCGAGCUACGCCGGGAUGCCCUGCUAGUGGUGGUCCUAACGCUCACUGGUCUCUUGCUGGCGGCCAUCUUUGGCAGUACCUGCGUACAGAUACUGAACAGCAGCGGUUACUACUAUUUCCCUGGGUCCUAUGAGAACAUCGGUACCGACAUCUUUCUGCUCCCAGCGGAUCAACCGUUGCCCCCGCAGUACGCAACCAUGCCAACCAAAUGGCUCAUCCGCUACUCGAUGGUUCUGGGCGAGAACUUCAAGCGUCCGUACGCCAAUCCCAACCAGGAGAGUGGCUACCAGGUGCUGCGGCUCGUGACGGAACUAUUCCCUUCGACAUUGGCGGCUGCCACCCAGGAGUUAAUCGCUCCCAUCUGGAGUCUGGUGGGAUACCUAACGCUGCUUCUGUUUGGCCUUGGGCAACUAUGCGCCAUGUGGAAACCGAUUGCCGGGGCGAUAGGCGAUUCCCCGUCGGCAAUCGUUCUCAGUUGCGUCACGGGACUCUUCAUGGGGAUUCCUCUGGCGACGGAAAGUGGAAUCACGAUCAUUCACUAUUUCGAUACGAUUCUCGGUGGAGCAUGGUGGCUGCUGCUGCUCUGGGCUGGACACAUCCUCGCAAUAUUCCUCGUUCGUGGGAGACCUUUCACCAGUGACUUGCUGGUGAACGAUCUCCGGUUGACACAGUCCCUCUCGGCAUUCAUUGCAUUUGCGUGGAACUUCCUGCUGCCGAUUGGGAUGAUAUUUCUCUGUAUCCUCCAGUAUCGUGUUUCCAAUGCCAACACCUUCUUCAACUGGAAGCACGGUGGUUACUGGCCCCUUUGGGCCCGCCAGUUUGGCGGAUUCGUUCAAGUCUCGUUCCUAUUGCUGGUACCCGUCGUAACGAUUGUGCAAAUAUACCGAUACCUCAGCAAAGGGCCGCCAGACAUUCUUGAUCGUUUCGAUCUACUAUUGCGCCCUUCAAUGGGAUCACCUCAUGAGGCAGCCAUCAACAGCGGCCGAAUACAGCAUACAAGACGACCCGCACCACCCCAACCCGUUCGGACCGCCAACACAGGUUCCACUAUGAUUUCACUCGAAUCGAGAGCACCACAAGAUGAUGCCCCGCCGAAGUAUACCCCACCGCCAUCCUACACGACUGCCACCGGGGCCAGGAUAGCCAAGAUGUUGCGCAACAGCAUUCGACGCAGUGUGAGAAGAAUUAUGGGCGAAACAAGCGGAAAUCGGCAACGUGGUGCCAUCCUCCAGCAGCACCAACACCCGCAGCAGCAAGCCGCAGCCAACCCUGCCGGAGAUGAACUCUCCCCGCCGGACUAUUCCUCUGUUCUGACCGAUUUGAUGAACCAACAGCAGCAGCAGCAACAGUCCUCCCGGACCUCGGGUAUCGAAAUGGGUCCCCGUGUUUUGUACAAUAGUGAAACUCUGAGCGGCCGUCGGCGUCAUCGUUCGCUGGUAUCUGCGAACUCUGCGAACCAACAGCAGCACCUGACAGCGAACGAUGUCCGGCAAAUUCUCCGUCCAGCCACGAUCUCUGCCCCGCAAUGCGCUGCAACCGGUAUCUACCGGACGCCAUCGUUUGUGUCCGCCACUUCAUCCGCAAUCGGGUACGGUAACGUGGAUUUGGUGGUGCGAAACACCCUCAACAGGCACUCGAUCGGUGGCGGUUCGGUGGAAAAUCUGGUCCUCGGAGCUGCCCCCAUAGGGGACUCCAGUAUCAUCACACUUGCGGUCGAGGAGGAUGACAACCCCGAGCGGGGCCAGGCCGGUAAUGAUUCUGUGAUAUAAACACCCAAUAACCCAACAAACAAUGGGGGGGACAAGUUGGUUUGCUUGUUGGAUUUUUUUUUCAAGCUAGAGCUGAAUGCGCUUUCAUUUGCACAAUGCAAAUUCACUAUAAUGCAUACACAGAAAUACACAUACGCAAUAAUGUUAUUACGAGUAGCGACAGUUUUAUAAACGUUAAAUUAUUUGACAUGCGAUGAUUUAGUUAGGGAAUGAACGUGUAUAAAAUAUUACGAUAGAAACGACUAAAACGGUACAUAUAAGUACAUCGGAGAUUGUUUAAACAGAGAGUAGAGGCGGAUGAACUGCAAAGUUUAAAGCCUCUUAAAAACAAAGAAGAAGAAGAAGUUUAAUCAGAGAACCAGCCAGAAACUCCGUCCAAUGAAUAGUAAUAUCAUUGCAAACAUGAAAGAUUAAAUAUAGAGUUAUCUGCUAUUUCAA